AUGGUCGAUUGCAAGCCUAUGUCAACUCCAAUGGAGGUUAAUGGAAGAUUAUGUUCAGUCGAAGGCAGAGAUCUAGAAGAUGUGAACAUGUACAGACAAUUGGUGGGAAGUCUUAUCUAUCUCACGUUAACCAAACCAGAUAUUGCUUAUGCAGUAAGUGUGAUUAGUCGGUUUAUGCAAAAACCGGUGAAACGUCACCUGGAGGCAGUACGUCGGAUAUUAAGGUACAUGAAAGGAACCAUUGACUAUGGAAUCCUGUACCGCAACAAUAAAGAGAUUGAAGUUGUCGAAUACUGUGAUGCUGACUAUGCUGGGGAUCUCGACACACGUCGGUCAACUACGGGUUAUGUGUUCAAUCUGGGUACUGGAGCAGUCUCUUGGUGUAGAAGAGACAACCAAUAG